AUGAUUCAUAGAUCAAGAAGUCAAGAAACCGUUAGUACUUUAGUUAACAAAGAUUAUUUUUUACAAAAUCCAAUAAGAUCAAAUGAUAGUAAUAAUACGAAUGAAAUUUUAACAACUUCAAUAACUCAUAUAAAUCUGAGAAAUUUGAGAGAUCACGGAGAAGACGAAGCUUAUGACAAUGACGAAAGAGAAUUUGAAGAACAAAAUCAUGAAGAUUUAAAUUUUAAUGAUUUAAAUUCAUUAAUAUCUCAAGAUACAUUAAUAACACCUCAAAUCAUAAUUUUUAAUAAUAGAACAAUACAAGAUUUUCGAUAUUUUAAAGAAAUUCCAUUGAUAACAUCAAAUAAAAUUCAAUCAAAUUUGAUGUUAUAUAAAUCAAAUGAAUCAGCCAUUGAGCAUCCAAAUUUACCAAUUUUAAUAAAAUCAAAUAAGCUACUAAAUUUCUUGAAACUAGGAUCAUCAUCAUUUUUAGAAAUUUUUAAUUUGAAUUCAGUAACGCUACAAAAACAAAUUUUUUGUAAAAUUGAUUAUAAAAUUUUUUCAAAUCAUUUAACUUAUUACAUCCUAAAAUUCCCACAAUUACAAGACAAAGUCAUUUAUUUAAUAAAUAAUAAUUCAAAUUAUCCAAGUAUUGAUUUUAAAAUAAACAAUAAUCAUUUUAGAAUAUUUAUAAAUAAUUCAUCAACCACCACAACUUCAAAUAAUUUUAAAAUUAGCUUGUUUUUAAUGGAUUCUAGGGAUGAAGAAAAUCUAUUAACUCAUAAUUUACUGGUGGAUUCAAAAGGAAAAUUAAAAAUUAACAAUAAAUUAUCAAAUUUAAUUCAAUUACAAAAAAGAAAAGAAAUUAAACAAAUUAUACAAAGUAGUAAAAAAUUAAUUAAUUUACCAAUUGCUCAAUAUAUAAAUUUAACAAAAGAAGAUUUAAAAAUGAAAUCUGCGAAUGAUGAACAAAAUUGUUAUAAAAAGCAUGGAAUUAUAAAAAUUUUUGAUUAUUUAAAUUAUGAUAAUGGGGUUAGUGAUGAAAUGUUAAUUAUUUGUUGUAUAUUAUUAGUAUUAAGAGAACAAGAAAUUAAAAAAUAUAAAGGUGAUAAUUUUCCAAUAAUGAUUUAA